AUGUACGGCGGCAGCAGCGGCGGAGACCGAUACAACGACUCGUCCUCGCGUCGUGACUACGGCGGCGGUGGCUACAGCGAUGGCUACGGCGGUUCCCGCGGCGGCGGCUACGGCUACGGCGGCGGCGGUGGCGGUGGCUAUGGAGGCGGCGGUGGCGGUGGCUAUGGAGGCGGAGGCGGAGGCGGCGGCUAUCGAGGCGGCAGCAGCGGUCGUGGCGGCGGCUUUGGCGGCGGCAGUGGUGGCGAUCUUGGCUCGAACUUGGACACGCAUAUCCAGUGGGACUUGUCGAAGUUGCCGGUGUUUGAGAAGAACUUUUACUAUGAGCAUCCGGACGUGACGAAGCGCUCGGACGAGCAGUACGAGAGCUGGAAACGCGAGCACCAGAUCAUUGUGACGGGCAAAGGCGUGCCCAAGUGCGUGCUGUCGUUCGAAGAGGCGUCGUUUCCCGAGUACGUGCUGGAAGAAGUGGUGCGCCUGGGCUUUGACAAGCCGACGGCGAUCCAGUGCCAGGGCUGGCCCAUGGCGCUGUCGGGGCGCGACAUGGUGGGCAUUUCGGCCACGGGCUCGGGCAAGACGCUGGCGUUCUUGCUGCCAGCGAUCGUGCACAUCAACGCACAGCCUUACUUGCAACCUGGCGACGGUCCGAUCGUGCUCAUCAUUGCCCCGACCCGCGAGCUGGCAGUGCAGAUCCAAGCAGAAUGCAACAAGUUUGGUGCUAGCUCGAAGAUCAAAAACACGUGCGUGUACGGCGGUGUCCCCAAGGGUGGUCAGAUUGCCGACCUUCGUCGUGGCGUCGAGAUCUGUAUUUGCACGCCCGGUCGUAUGAUUGAUAUGCUGAGCAUGGGCAAGACGAACCUUCGCCGAGUGACCUACUUGGUGCUGGACGAAGCGGACCGCAUGCUCGACAUGGGUUUCGAGCCGCAGUUGCGCAAGAUCGUCAGCCAGAUCCGUCCUGACCGUCAGACGCUGAUGUGGUCGGCAACGUGGCCGAAAGAGAUUGUGUCGCUGGCGAACGACUUUUUGACCGACUUCAUUCAGGUGACGGUGGGGUCGCUGGAACUGACUGCAAACAAGAAGAUCAAGCAGAUUGUGGAGGUGAUGGACGACCACCAGAAGUACUCUGUGCUGCAGGACCACUUGCGCGACAUCUACGAGGGCGGUCGUAUCAUCAUUUUCUGCGAGACGAAACGCGGUGCCGACGAGCUCAGUCGUAAUUUGCGCGACACCCGGUAUAUAUGCAAGGCAAUCCACGGUAACAAGUCCCAAGAAGAGCGGGACUAUGUGCUGCGUGAGUUCAAGGAAGGCAAGACGCAGAUUCUGGUUGCUACGGAUGUAGCUUCUCGUGGUCUGGACAUCAAGGAUAUCCGAUACGUGGUCAACUUCGAUAUGCCAAAAAACAUUGAAGACUACAUUCACCGUAUCGGUCGUACUGCACGCGCUGGCAGUAAGGGUACGUCGAUUUCUUUCUUCACGGCGAGCAACAACGGUCGACUGGCUGGACCGCUGGUCAAGAUUAUGGAGGAGGCCGGGCAGGAAGUACCCCGUGAGCUGCGCGAUCUUGUAGGUCGUGGUGGUGGCGGUGGCGGUGGCCGUGGCCGCAGUGGCUACGGCGGCGGUGGUGGCCGCGGUCGCUGGUGA